GAAACGAAUAUACUAGACAUGCCGACAGCCAAAGCACCCUGUAUCAAUUGCCGCGAAAAGCACCUAAAAUGCGACAAACAGGAGCCAACAUGCAAACGCUGCAAAACAAGAGGUCUAAAGUGCAUACGUGCUCUCCGAAAAAUUAACUUCCGACAUUGGUCGACGGAUAAGUCUGAGACGCGGUUCUCGGGGGACCAAACUUGGGUUAAUAGUAGGCCCAGGGAUUGGAAGGUACCGAUGCGGGUGGAGUCGUCGUCAGCGAGAUUGGAGACAACGUUUCAGGAAACGCCUGGACUUUCGGGUUUGUCGGAUGGGCAGGGUUCUUUUCAGGGGCUGUCUGGAUCUUCAGGGAGUGUGACGAGCUUGGGAUGUGUUGAUCCAUUGCUCGUACCUGAGGGGGGAGAUGAUCGUUUACAAGAUGGGAAUGUUGGCCAAACACACCAACUUCGCAACGAUAUUCCAGGUUUGCGGGAGUCAAAUUCGACUAAUGUGUCACCCGGGGAUUUGUCGAGUUUGUAUUUUUCUAUUUCGCCCGGGACGAGCGAUGGAGACGUUCAGUUGGACCCACCAGUCGAGUCUGAUAUUGGCCAGAGGAACAAUUAUGAGAACGAGUGUCCAUUAUACGGCGAGGAGGAACCCUAUUUUCCGGCGCACACCAGCAUCCUGGAAUCAUGCCUUCUGCGCUAUUUCAUCGAAGAGUUAUCCCCACUGUUCGACCACUGCGACGAAAGAAAGCACUUUCAGCUAGUAGUCCCCUUCCGAGCACAGCACUGUCCAACGCUCCGCAAUGCACUCUUCGCAGUAUCUUCGCGCCAUCUUGUCCGACGACCACAAUACAUGACACCACAGGGUGUGCUGUACCAUGCCCAACUACUCACCGAUCUAAAAAGUUCUACGGCAGUCGAGUACAUGCUUCAAUGUAUCCCCGGACUUGUGCAAUUCCCUGAGAUUCAGGACUUAGUAGAACAAGAGAAUAUCAUGGCGGCUGCAGUUAUCCUCCGGCAGUAUGAGGAGAUAGAAGAAGACAUGGGGGACGACGACGAGAUGGGGAUAGAGCUGCGUGAACAGGUCAAUUUCUUGGCUAUCACUCAGACUAUUAUCGAUUCGAUGAUUUCUUCUCCGCUAAAUCAGUCGCUGGCGACGGCGGCUUACUGGAUUGCGAUUCGGCAAGAGGUAUAUUGUGCGUUGACGAGAGAGCGAACAUUGAGCAUGCGCUUUAGUGUGGAAGAUUGGCAGAAUGCGUCUGUCGCGAAUACCUUGAUCAUGCUAGUUGGGGAGGUUGCUAAAUGGUGUUGGGGAGAGAAGUCUCCUGAGGAAUGGGAACGACUCAAUACACACCAACAACAACUCAUGCAAAUCCACAAAACUCACCUCAUCCCAAUCCUCUCCCGAAAAGCAGACAAAUCAAAAGGCGAAAUCUUCCCCACAGUCUGGUACACCUCCGACGCCCAAGUAACCGCAACCCAACACCUAGAACUAGCCAGAAUGAUUCUCAUUGCUGAAAGCCCACAUCUCACGGACGCACCCCGCUCCCUCCAUCGCAAAGCUGAGUCCCAAGUCCGCUGCAUCGUCCUUAACGUGUGCGGCAUCGCGUUAAGCCAUCUACGCUGCCAACCUGCGCUUGUAAAUGCUGUAAUUGCUAUCACGCUCUACGGGGAGUAUUUCACGGAGCAGGAGGAGAGGGAGGCGCUUGUGGGGAUUGUUGAGCGGACGAGAGAGUUGCGGGCUUGGCCUAUGGAGAAACCGUUUUUGACGCUGAAGAGGAGGUGGGAGGUAGCAGAUUGUGGGGGUUUGUGAUGGUUACUUUAUGGGUAUCUCUAGCAAUUGCCGGA